AGGGGCGGGGGGGGCAUGAAGCCGCUGGAGAAAUUCCUGAAGAAGCAGACGUCGCAGCUGGCGGGGCGCGCGGUGGCCGAGGGGCCCGGCGGGGGUCCAGGUGGGGGGCCCGGCGGGGGCGGGGGUCCGGGCGGGGGCGGGGGUCCCCCUGGGGGGCUGCGGGCGCUGCAGAGGCGUCAGAGCGUGUCCCGCCUGCUGCUCCCCGCUUUCCUGCGCGAGCCCCCCGCCGAGCCGGGGCUGGAGCCGCCCGCGGAGGAAGACGGGGCCGAGCUGGCGGGGGUGGCAGAGGACCCGGGCGGCGGGGGGCCCUGCUGGCUGCAGCUGGAGGAAGUGCCGGGCCCCCUGCGCUCCCCAUCCUCCUAUUCCUCCGACGAGCUGUCCCCGGGUGAGCUCCUGACUUCACCCCCCUGGGCCCCCCUGGGUGCCCCCGAGCGGCCCGAGCACCUUCUGGACCGGGUCCUGGAGCGCCUGGCUGGCGGGGCCACCAGGGACAGCGGCACCUCAGAUAUCCUGCUCGAUGACAUUGUCCUCACCCACUCCCUCUUCCUCCCGACGGAGAAAUUCCUGCAGGCACUGCACCAGUACUUUGUUCGGGCAGGGGGUCUAGAGGACCCUGAAGGGCUGGGCCGGAAGCAGGCCUGCCUAGCCAUGCUCCUCCACUUCCUGGACACCUACCAGGGGCUGCUGCAGGAGGAAGAGGGCGCUGGCCACAUUAUCAAGGAGCUGUACCUGCUAAUUAUGAAGGAUGAAUCCCUCUACCAGGACCUGCGGGAGGACACGCUGAGGCUGCACCAGCUGGUGGAGACGGUGGAGCUGAAGAUCCCAGAGGAGAGCCAGCCACCCAGCAGGCAGGUGAAGCCGCUCUUCCGCCACUUCCGACGCAUCGACUCCUGCUUGCAGACCCGCGUGGCCUUCCGGGGGUCGGAUGAGAUCUUCUGCCGGGUCUACAUGCCCGACCACUCCUACGUGACCAUCCGCAGCCGUCUCUCCGCAUCUGUGCAGGACAUCCUGGGCUCCGUGACUGAGAAGCUUCAGUACUCCGAGGAGCCCGCGGGCCGAGAGGAGGCCCUCAUCCUGGUAGCUGUGGCCUCCUCAGGAGAGAAGGUCCUGUUGCAGCCCAACGAGGACUGCGUCUUCACCACGCUGGGCAUCAACAGCCACCUGUUUGCCUGUACCCGGGACAGCUAUGAGGCCCUGGUGCCCCUCCCUGAGGAGAUCCAGGUGUCUCCGGGAGACACGGAGAUCCACCGUGUGGAGCCUGAGGAUGUUGCCAACCACCUGACCGCCUUCCACUGGGAGCUGUUCCGCUGUGUGCACGAGCUGGAGUUCGUGGACUACGUGUUCCACGGGGAGCGCGGCCGGCGCGAGACAGCCAACUUGGAGCUGCUGCUGCAGCGCUGCAGCGAGGUCACCCACUGGGUGGCCACUGAGGUGCUGCUGUGCGAGGCCCCGGGCAAGCGCGCCCAGCUGCUCAAGAAGUUCAUCAAGAUCGCGGCCAUAAGCUGCCAGGGAAAUUCAAGAACUUGUUCCGCAAAUUUGAGAACCUGACGGACCCCUGCCGGAACCACAAAAGCUACCGGGAAGUUAUCUCCAAGAUGAAGCCCCCCAUGAUCCCCUUCGUGCCACUGAUCCUCAAAGACCUGACGUUCCUGCAUGAGGGCAGCAAGACCCUGGUGGACGGCUUGGUGAAUGUGGAGAAGCUGCACUCAGUGGCCGAGAAAGUGAGGACAAUCCGCAAGUACCGCAGCCGGCCCCUCUGCCUGGACAUGGAGGCCUCGCCUCACCAUUUGCAGACCAAGGCCUAUGUGCGACAGUUCCAGGUCAUCGACAACCAGAACCUCCUCUUCGAGCUGUCCUACAAGCUAGAGGCCAACAGCCAGUGAGGGGCAGCCCGCACGGGGGUCCUGGGACCCAGCACUCAAGCACUUUGUACCAUGUCCCACCACCAUGUUGGGCAUUUCCCACAAGCAGAGGAAGAGUGGGAUGGACUUCUAGGGAGGGACUCCUCAUCAUCCUACUGGAGCCCUCUCCCCCACGCCCUCUCAGCCCAAGCCACAGGAGGCAAACAGCUCAUUCCUCUGUGCUCUCCCAGCCAGCGCUGUUCAGAGAGGGCUUCCAGCCUCCUCUCCCAGGCAGGAAGGAGCAGCCCUCCCGCUCCCAAAGUGAAUUCCCAUUCCCUCA